AUGGAAGAUUUAACAUCAACCUAUCUGGAUAAUUCUACUUCAAGUAACUCAUUAGACGAUAAUAUAACAGAAUCAAGUACCAAUACUGAAUAUAUUACAUCAAAAUAUUGGGAUGAAGUAUUGCAUGAAGAUAAACUUGUUCGUCAAUGCAAGAAUUGCAAGAAGCAGCGAUUUUCAAUUAAUACAAGCAAAUCACAUUUAAAAAAACAUACUGCUAAAUGUACAACUCAAAAUAUAAAAUUUAACUUCGUUAAACCCAUUACAAAAGAGGAUGUAGAUAAUUCUAUAAUUGAUCUAGUUGUUGGUACUGGAAUUUCUUUUAAUAUUCUAAAUAAUCCAUUAUUUCAUAGAAUGGUAAAUAAGCUUCAUUAUGUAACUGAUACAUAUAAAGUUCCUCAUCCAACAACAAUAUCCCAUCAUAUUUCAGAAAGCAUUUAUGAAAUUAGAUUUAAUUUUAUUAAAGAUGUUAUGGCAAAAAUGCCAGGUCGAAUUUCAUUAACAUGUGAUGGCUGGCAUUCAACAGUCUAUCGAUGUCACUAUACAGCUGUUACAGGUUCUUGGAUAAGUGAUAACUGGAAUAUUAUUAAUAUCUUACUAAGUUUUCAAAAAUCUGGUCAGACAGCGAAAGAUAUUAAAUCAGUAAUAAUCGAUACUUUAAAUAAUUAUAAUAUUAAAGAUAA